AUGAAUCCGGAACGGUUCCAGCUCCUGGGUAACCAGGAAGCAACGGCACCUCCUGACACAAUGGCACAGCCUUACGCCUCGGCCCAGUUUGCUCCCCCCCAGAACGGCAUCCCAGCAGAGUACACCGCGCCCCACCCCCACCCCACCCCAGAUUAUGCAGGCCAGACCACAGUCCCAGAGCACACGUUAAACAUGUACCCGCCUGCUCAGACGCACUCCGAACCAAACGCAAGCGACGCCAACGCACAGACUGUCUCAGCCACAGCCACACAGACAGACGAUGCAGCACAGACCGACGGCCAACAACAGACACAAUCCUCGGAAAACACAGAAAACAAAUCUCAGCCGAAACGGCUGCACGUUUCAAAUAUACCCUUCAGGUUCCGGGAUCCAGAUCUCAGACAAAUGUUCGGGCAAUUUGGUAAAAUCUUAGAUGUUGAAAUUAUUUUUAAUGAGCGAGGCUCCAAGGGAUUUGGUUUCGUUACUUUCGAAAAUAGUGCUGAUGCCGAAAGGGCGAGGGAGAAAUUACACGGCACCGUGGUAGAGGGCCGUAAAAUCGAGGUAAACAAUGCAACGGCUCGCGUCAUGACAAACAAAAAGACCGUAAAUCCAUACACGAACGGUUGGAAAUUAAAUCCAGUUGUCGGUGCAGUCUACAGCCCAGAAUUCUAUGCAGGCAGGGUGCUGCUGUGCCAGGCAAACCAGGAGGGAUCUCCCGUGUACAGUGCCCCCAGUUCACUAGUAUACACAUCCACAAUGCCGGGUUUCCCUUAUCCUGCCGCGACCGCAGCCGCUGCAUACAGAGGUGCCCACCUAAGAGGCAGGGGACGUACUGUCUACAACACGUUUCGAGCGGCGGCUCCUCCUCCCCCGAUUCCAGCUUACGGCGGUGUUGUUUACCAGGAUGGAUUUUAUGGUGCAGACAUUUAUGGUGGUUAUGCUGCCUACCGGUAUGCCCAGCCCACCACCGCCACCGCAGCUGCCUACAGUGACAGUUACGGACGACUUUAUGCUGCAGACCCCUACCACCACACACUUACUCCCGCAACCACCUACGGCGUUGGUGCCGUGAAUGCUUUUGCACCCUUGACUGAUGCCAAGACUAGGAGCCAUGCUGAUGAUGUCGGUCUCGUUCUCUCUUCAUUACAGGCUAGUAUAUAUCGAGGGGGAUACAGCCGGUUUGCUCCAUACUAA